AAAUGACAAACGUUCACUUUGUCACUUGAGAGUUGAGAGAAAAUGUUUUUAGUCUGCUAUCAUUAAAUUUGUAUAUUAAUGCAAAUUUUUAGAGUAUACAUACCUUUUCAAAAUAUUUGGUAAAGUCAUACGUAGUUCUUUGUUCUAAUACAAUAAGGCGUCGUUUUUUGAAAAACACUGUAGGGACUGGAAUCUUGAAAAACAAUGGAUUCCUGUAUUGGGGUUGAGCAGGAUUUAGACAAAGCAAUUACAAAAUUUACAAAUUUAAAUGAACAUACCGAUGAAGUAUUGCAAGAUAUUAUUAACAAAGUAGAGGAGCUGCGGCGGGAAAUAGCCCAACAACCACCAAAUACACCAUUAACACCUGAACAAGCCCAGGUCGUGAGCGAAUUAGCCUCUACCAUCAAACAGAAUGCAUUUCAAUUGUCAACAGAUCACAGAGAACUCCAUGCUACAGUGUCAAGAGUGGGCAAGUCUAUAGAUAGGCAUUUCGUGGCCGAUUAUGCAGCAGUUGCUCCAAAGGCGGAAAUGUUCUGUUCUGAUGAAAAUCGACCUAUUAUGGAACAAGCCAUUGCACAACAUUUGUACAGACAGGGCCUAGAGGACGUCGGUGAUACGUUUGUAGCCGAAGCCGAAAUCAGUGGCGUUGAGCGAACCUGUACGUUUGCGUCGGUACAGCGUUGUGCGACUGCAUUGGCCGAGGGCGACCCCACUCCUGCCCUGCAGUGGGCUGAGCAGCACAUGCAGGAACUACAGCAUUCACCGCUGCCGUUCACUUUGCACAGGAUGUACGCUUUGAAGCUGGCGCGCGAGGUGGGCGUGGGUGCGGCCAUAGAGUACGCGCGCAGCACGUUCCCGCGACACGCGGCGCGGCACGAGCGCGCGCUGCAGGCGGCCGUGUGCGCGCUGGCGUGGUGCGCGCGCCCGCCCGCCGCCGCGCCGCCCGCGCCGCCGCCCGCCUACCGCCGCCUGCUGCAGCCGCGCGCGCUGGGGGCCGAGGCGGCCGAGCUGUUCGUGGCGGAGGCGUGCGCCGCGCUGCGCCUGGCCCCGCUGUCGGCGCUGGCGGGCGCGGCGCGGGCGGGCGCGCGCGUGCUCCCCGCGCUGCACGACAUCCGCUCCAAGAUGUCGCACCCGCACGUCAUCGCGGCCUGGGCGGAGGACGAGCUGCCCUUCGAGGUGGACCUCGGUGACGAAGGCGGCGGCUACCACUCGGUGUUCGCUUGCCCGAUCCUCCGCCAGCAGGCUUCCGACCAGAACCCGCCGAUGCGCCUCCUCUGCGGUCACGUCAUAUCGCGAGACGCUCUCAACAAACUCGCUACGGCAGCCAAAUUGAAGUGUCCAUACUGUCCCAUGGAACAAUCACCCGCAGAAGCGAGGCAGAUAUUUUUCUCGUAGUUGGACAAUUUUACGGUUGAUAAAUUUAAACCGUCUCAGUUCUACAAAAUGUUCACGUGAAAAAUAAACGACCUGUGUUUUUUUUUUUUGAUAGAGUAGAGAAUGUCGUAAUGCCCGCUCGUCUAGAUAAAUUGUAAUUUUACAAUAAUAUUAAAAAUAUUGGUGUAAAAAAUAUAUAUUUGAUGUGUAAUCUUGAGGCUUUGACCGCACGCCUCAAGGUGGGUGUCGACGUUCAUGUUGUCCACGGGCUCCCUCGUGACCGCGCAACGGUAGACCACAUCUACCGUUGCGCGGUCUACAAUUGAAACUUAGACGUUAGUACUAGACAUGUAAUAUGAUAUACCUCUUAUUGAGAUUUUGUUUAUAAUAAAAUCUCAUGCGCCAACUGAAUCCUGAGCUUUAUGUAAUUGCGAAAGUGUCUUUGGAAAUAAGUUCUAAAUAAUAAAACAGGUGUAUGGUUACAGCAGCUCAGGUCACACUGUAAAAAAAAUGAUGGAUUGCAGUAGCGUUUUUGCAAAUAAAUUUUUAUUCUCGAAAUUAGGCAGCAAAUCAUUGUGACUAUUGUACAAAAGGAAUAAAAAGUAAAAAGCUUAAAGACUAAAACGUCUCAGAAACCAUCAAUUGUAAUGGCGUUUAUUUAUGUUUACAUCGUUUGUGACCAAUGGGCAUUGAUAAAAAAAAAGUCAGUGUAUGUAGUUGUUUUGUAAUGAUUGGUAGAAAAGGUCGUCGCUUUUCAAGGUGCUGACAUCAUCAGUCGCCAUUGCCUCAAAAAUCUUAGCCUGGGAAAUGGUACUCAUACUUCUAUCAAUGUCUCCUGUUCAUUUAAUAAAUCAUCUAUUAUUUUUUUAUCGCAAUAAGUGACAAGAUUGGUGUGCUUGGUGAGAGUUUUUUAACGUUCUCGAUAGCGUAAAAGUUAACUUAAAUUUGUAUGCAGUUUGAACAGCGGCAAACGUUUCGACUUAUGGAGUCAAGUUUUACGUUAUCGAAAACGUUAAAAAACUCGCACCAAGCACACAGUAGGUACAAUAGGCGCGCGAGUUCAUGUACAUCCUGAGGAAUGCCGUUGUGCUGUGACCUAGUUAAUUAUGGUAAUGUUAAUAAUUACCGAUUUAGUCAACAGCUGUCAAUUUGGUUUAAUGUAACUUAAGAUAAUUUUACCAAUUAUGAAAUAAAAUAAAUGUGAUAAGUAAUUACUUAUUUAUUUCUAAUAGAGAAAAAUAUUUUUUAAAUUCCAAUUCAAUCACUAUCAAAUGAAAAGACAACCGACAGAUCAGAGUCGGAAUCAGUAUGUAUCUUUUUUCAGUAGGUUUUUUUUACCUGAACUUGAUGGAAGCGGAGUAGUCAUGGUUAAAUAACACAAUAGCGUUAGCGCAAAUUUUCGACAUCGAUAAGCGCGCGUCACAACCACCAAGGACAACACUCAGCGUCAGGUAAAUGCGGGGAGGUGGGCGAAGGUGGGGCGAACUGUCCCUCGCGCCUCGCCUCUGGCUCCGAUGGACAUGAACUCGCGCGCAUACUGUAGGUAGUAUGUUGUAACUCUGGUACUGAACUCAGUCAGUUCACAAACGGAACUAAAUUGAAGUGCCGAUUUAAGUUUAGUUAAGCUACUAAACAUGUAAUACAUCGACAAUGCAAUGAAUCGCUUUUGGAGGCUUCGAUUAGGUUAUGACGAAUUUAAUUAAAUGCCUGUCUGAAAUUAUGACGAAAAGUGUUUUCUUUACGUAUUUUUUUCUGAUCUUAGAUUUGUAAGGUACAGAAAUCAUUGAUACGAUAGAUUAACCUUAGAUGUACAUAGAGCGAAGUUAAUGUAACUUUAAUUUGUAACGGUGGUACAUUUUGUAAAAAUAAAUUAUUAAACUGA